CGCUGAUCAUGAAUUAGCUCGAUUAUUACUAGUGUGCGUGGAAGAAGCAACAAGAGAGACAGCAUGGAGGCAGACGGGUCACUGGAGUCUCGGCAGGAGUCCCACCUCGGCUUCGAUCACGAGUCCCUGAAGGAACCGAGAGAUCCCGAGAAGAGGAAGGGAGGAUGGAUCACCUUCCCUUUCCUUGCAGUGGCGAUACUGGGUCUUGGUUUGGCGACUGGGGGCGCGCUGUCCAACAUGGUGGUCUACCUGAUAAAGGAGUACAACGUGCCGAGCGUCGACGCGGCGCAGAUCUCCACCAUCAUCUCUGGCUCCAUCAGCGUUGCCCCUGUGGCUGGCGCCAUCGUUGCCGACGCCUUGUUCGGCUGCUACCCCAUCGUCGCCGUCGCCAUGGCCCUGUCUGUCCUGUCCUUGAUCAUGUUCACGCUUACGGCGAGUAUCCCCACCCUACGGCCGGCGGUUUGCCAGUUUGGCGCCGGGCAGCCGUGCGAUCAGGCAUCGACCGGGCAGAUGGCGGCUCUGUACGGCGCCGUGUGCCUGCUGUGCCUGAGCGCGGCGGGGGCACGGUUCAACCAGGCGACCAUGGGCGCCAACCAGUUCGACGCCUCCGCCGACCGCGACGUCUUCUUCAACUGGUACUUCAUCAUGCUCUACGCGUCCUCCGUGCUCGGCGCAACGGUCAUCGUCUACAUCCAGGACACCGUGUCCUGGAGCCUCGGCUUCGGCGUCUCCUGCGCCGCCAGCGUCGUCGGCCUUGGGGCCCUGCUCCUCGGCGCGCGCUACUACCGGCAGCCCGCCGCUCAAGGUAGCCCGUUCACAGGGCUUGCCAGGGUGGUCGUCGCCGCAACAAGAAAGAGGAAGGUCAACCUUGUGGCGUCAGAGGAGUUGAAGUUUUACUACGGCAUACGUAGUACCAGUAGCAGUGAAGGGGACGGCGAGGUUAUUAGCGACGGCAACCUUGCACCGACCGACAGCUUUAGCUUUCUGAACCGUGCUGCAGCGAUCACCGACGGCGACGUGGACGGCGCGGAUGGCCGGGCGGUCCGGCCGUGGCGCAUCUGCACGGUGCAGCAGGUGGAGGACUUCAAGACGGUGCUGCGCAUCCUGCCGCUGUGGAGCUCAGCCGUGGUGCUCAGCAUCUCCAUCGGCGUGCAGAUAAACUUCACCGUCCUGCAGGCGCUCGUCAUGGACCGGGCCGUGGGCCGCUUCACCGUGCCGGCGGGGUCCAUGUUCGUGGGCAGCCUCAUCUCCGUGGUCAUAUUCCUCGGCCUCCUCGACCGCAUCCUCCUCCCACUCUGGAAGCGCCUCACCCGGGGCCACACGCCGACGCCGCUGCAGUGCGUGGGCGUGGGCCACGCGCUGACCGUGGCCAGCAUGGCCGCGUCCGCCGUCAUCGAGCGCAGCCGCACCGCCACGGUCCGCGCGCACGGCGAGGAAGGCAACCCGGCGUGGGUGUCGCCGCUGUCGGCGAUGUGGCUGCUGCUGCCGUUCGCCGUGGCCGGGGCAGGGGAGGCGCUGCAUUUCCCGGCGCAGGUGACGCUCUACUACCAGGAGUUCCCUCCGUCGCUCAAGAACACCGCCACGGGCAUGAUGGCCAUGAUCGUCGCGCUCGGGUUCUACCUCAGCACCGCCGUCAUCAACAUCGUCCAGCGAGCCACCACGUGGCUGCCCGACAACAUGAAUGCUUCCAAGUUGGAGAACCUCUACUGGCUGCUCACCGCGUUGGUCGCCGUCAAUUUCGGCUACUACCUGGUAUGCGCAAAGCUCUACAGGUACCAGAACAUCGGCAAGUGACGAACACUAGUUGCUCCCUGAUGUAUUUGCAUGCUUAAUUUGUGGAAUCAUCAUUAAGAGCUAGAUGAACAGAUGCUUGUUUUAUGUUCUUUAGGGAUAUAUGCUUCUUGUAUGUUUUGUGAACCCGUGCCGUGAGAAAAUCUUGCUGGGCAAUAAGCCAUCACAUUCCCAGUUCCAGAA